UGGUCAUUUACUGUGCUCUUCACCAGGAGAAAAAGUUGGAAUGGGGCAAGGGCUUGGCUCAAAAGCGGGAAGCUGAAACUAAGCAGCAAGAAUUAGAACUUGAGAAGGACAAACCAUUUGCUCGGACCAGAGAUGAUCCAGAGCUCGAUAAAAUCCUGAAGGAUAGAGUAAGAUGGGGUGAUCCUAUGGCACAUUUAGUGAAGAGAAAAAAUUCUGAGCUGAUUCUGCCAGACCUGGGGGAUGGUGAGAAGAUGAAAGAAUCAGGAUUUAUAAUUCCUCAAGAAAUUCCUAGUCACAGCUGGAUAAAACGAGGAUUAGAUGCUGCACCGAAUCGAUAUGGUAUAAGACCAGGGAGGCACUGGGAUGGCGUCGAUCGGAGUACUGGUUUUGAGAAGCAGAUGUUUAAAAGAACGAAUGAGAAACAAGCUACAGAGAGAGAAGCUUAUCUCUGGUCUGUGGCAGAUAUGUGAUGAAGGUACCAAGUAAGAAGACAUCAAGGCCGCUCAAUUUUCAGACAGAAGCCAAGGAUGCGAUUUGGGUUGUUCUAUAUACUUCAGGAAAAGCAAGGGUGACAUCCUUAAAUGAAGAUAGCAGCAAAAGAUCUUGCACAAUUGUGAGGAAGGAGAGGAUCAUAGAAAUUGGGGGAAAUUGUGAACUAAAUGGGGUUUUUUGAUACAUGAACAAUGGAGGAUACGUGGACUUCUUGUCAAGGUUUUCCUGCUGCUUGACUGAGAAACUGUGAUUGUGUUGGUACUUCAUUGGAUCAUUGUGGCAACAUCCCUGAGUUUAAAAAAGAAAAAGAAGAAAGUUAACGACAGUUUCCUAAUCUGAUUUUAAUUUACUUUGUUUCACUUAUAUAUGUCUGCCUGCCUGUUUGUGUGAAUGCGAACAUGAUAACAUCCCUGCAAAUUUAUAAUGCUUUGGAAAAUGUUAGGGUAUUGGAUGGAGUAUCUGUCGAACUUGUCAUCCCGAUCAUCAAAAAUCCAUUGUGAAAUCUAACUCUUUGGAUGAGGAUAUAAACAUCAGGAUCAAUGUACAAAACCAAGGUAUGAAAAAUAAUGUGAUGAAGUACAAAAGAUAGGAUUUAGACACAAUGCAAUGAGAAGAGUUUGCAUACAAAGCAAUGAGACUUCAUUGUGCAUGUGGCGUCUUGUGAUGGAUACUGUAGUGGGACCCGGGUAAAAUGUGAGGCCCAUUCAUAUAUAAAUACGUCACAUUGGUUGUGCCGUUGUGGGGAGCCAGUGAUCACGCCUCUGUUUCAAAGCUGUAUCCUCCCUCCCGCCAAAUUCCGAAUGGGCGUUAGGUUCAAACCCUCCCACCCAACUGUCCGCUUAUCUUCACUCUCUCUUGAAAAAUUCCUCAAAUCCCGCAAAAACCUCUCUAAAGCCCCUCCAAAACUCUGGUCCGACCAUGGCCAUGGGCCUCCAGAAGAAGACGACCAACCACUCCCUAUCUUAAAGCUAAGCCACCACAUUUUGCGCACCUUAGAAUCAUGCUGUGGUUCAAUGAAAGAGUUCAACCAAAUCCACACCCAACUCAUUGUCUCCGGCCUCCUUCAACAACCUCUAGCAGCGGGCCGAGCUGUCAAGACGCUUUGUUCUUUUCCGGAUUCUGUCCAACAUGCGGUUUCGCUGUUUGAAGGUCUGGAAGAGCCGGAUGCGUUUAUAUGUAACACCAUUAUGAGAACCUAUGUGAAUGUGAAUGAUCCAUAUACUGCUCUUGGGUUUUACUAUGAGCAAAUGGUUCGUAAAUGUGUUGCUCCCAAUCAUUACACCUUCCCUCUUUUGGUGAAGGUUUGCUGGGAGAUUGGGUCGAUUGGAGACGGGGAAAAGAUCCAUGCCCGGAUAUUGAAGUUUGGGUUUGGAUUGGAUUUGUUUGUUCGAAACUCCUUGAUCCAUAUGUAUUCAGUUUGUGGGAGAAUUGGGGAUGCAAGAGCAAUGUUUGAGGUGUGUUCUAUAUCGGAUUUGGUGACUUGGAAUUCCAUGAUUGAUGGGUAUGUAAAGAAUGGGGAGAUCGGUGCUGCUCGUGAACUUUUUGAGGAAAUGCCUGAGAGAGAUCUAUUUAGUUGGAAUUCGAUGAUUGCAGGGUAUGUUGGAAAUGGAGACAUGACGGCUGCGGAAGACUUGUUCUACAAGAUGCCAUUUAGAGAUAUUGUUUCCUGGAACUGUAUGAUUGACGGAUAUGCUCAGGUUCAGAAUAUGGAAAUUGCUUGUGAGCUUUUUAAUUGGAUGCCAUAUCGAAAUGUAGUUUCUUGGAAUAUCAUGUUGGCUCUUUAUGUGCGGAUCAAAGACUAUGAUGAGUGUUUGCGCAUGUUUGAUAAGAUGAUGGGAGAGACUAUGCCAAACGAGGCUACCCUUGUGAGUGUCUUGACUGCUUGUGCACACUUAGGGAGGCUUGAUAGGGGCAAAUGGAUUCAUUCUUACAUUAAAAAUAAUAGGGUGAUUGAACCUGAUGUGUUACUUUCAACUGCGCUCUUGACAAUGUAUGCAAAGUGUGGAGCCAUGGAUUUGGCUAGAGAUGUGUUUGACAAGAUGCCCAACAGAAGUGUUGUAUCUUGGAAUUCGAUGAUUAUGGGAUAUGGCAUGCAUGGCCAGGCAGAUAAAGCCCUAGAAAUGUUCUUGGAUAUGGAAAAGAGAGGUCCAAUGCCAAAUGAUGCUACUUUUAUAUGUGUUUUAAGUGCAUGUGCACACUCUGGAAUGAUUUUGGAGGGUUGGUGGUACUUUGAUCUAAUGAGGCGGGUUUAUAAGAUCGAACCGAAGGUUGAGCACUAUGGUUGCAUGGUUGAUCUUCUUGGGCGGGCAGGUUUGAUGAAAGAUUCGGAAGAGCUUAUAAGGAAGAUGCCGAUGGAGGGGGGAACUGCCUUAUGGGGAGCACUACUUUCUGCUUGUAGGACUCACUCAAAUUCAGAGCUUGCAGAGAUCGUGGCCAAAAGGCUAAUUGAGUUGGAACCAAGGGAUAUUGGGUCCUACUUGCUGUUAUCAAACAUAUAUGCUGCAGAAGGAAAAUGGGACGAUGUAGAAAUUGUCAGAAAGAUGAUGAAGGAAAGGGGUUUAACAAAAACAACAGGGUUUAGCCGGGUUCACAUUGAAGAGUUUGGGACUCAAUCCUUUGUUGAAGAUGCUUCAGUCCACAGAAAGAGCAUGAUGUAUUCCAUUUUGAGUGACAUGGCUACUCAGAUGAAAUUGUCUUGUGGAGAUUAUGAUGAAGUAGAGAACUUAACAGUAAGUUGUUCAUGAUGAGUAGUUCAAAUGGACAUGUACCCUGAUAAAAAAACUAUUGAAAAGAGAACUUGGUAGCAGGUUGAAAAUUCUAAAUGGACUGGGAAAAACCAUGGUUCAAGUGGUGAUAAAGACCAUACAAGCAUGGUUUAGCAGACAAUAUAACUUGGAAUGAAAGCUUUAGAACAUCUGGUUGCAACUUGCUGGGGUAAGAAUGACAGUUGGUGCAAGUAAUAUGUCCAGGGUUGUACUUGAUAUGGUAGGAGGGUACAUCCAACUGCAACUUACUGGGUUAAGAAUGACACUUGGCCUGAUAGUAUCUCCAAGGGUGCUCCUAAGUGUGUAAAAAACUCUGGGAGUUUAAGCUGCAUGUCAGGGUGAGGGUGCAAUGUACUGAUGUUAUGUAAAAAGAUGUUGUAUUUCUUGUGGGGAUGGUUGUUUAGAUCGACAUCUUUGUGUAUUUUUAAUCCUUAAUCCAUGCUAAAACCACGCUAGAAAAUUAUGGAAAGUUGAUGGCAGUGGUGUUGGUUUGGUUUAUUGAAUAUUAUCUCAAAUCUUCCAUUUAUCUGAAUCUAUUACAGGUCAA